UGUGAUGAUUCUUGCUAUAUGUUUCCACUGUUCAUUCUGCAGUGGUACCCACAUUAGCAUAGCCACUUUUUGUAUACUCUUCAUCAUAUAUUGGUAUGACAUAUAUAUAGACAUAUUAUGCGAUUCUAUUUCCAUAUCUAAUCAUAUUCUUUGCAAGGAAGACUUCAUUUGUGAAGUUCAUAUCUUCUUAAACAAUAUUCAGGAACAGGAGAGGCAAGAUAUGGCUAUCAGACUACCUCGUGUUAUGCACGUCAAGCAGAUCUUUCGUCGAGUAGCUCCAAAUUCUGUUGAAUCUUCUUCGGUAGGCAACAACAUCCCGAGAGGGUAUAUUCCAGUUUAUGUUGGAGAGGAACAAAAAAAGCGAUAUGUAGUACCGAUAUCUUAUUUGAAUGAGCCAUCAUUCCAGAGGUUACUGAGUAAGGCAGAGGAAGAAUUUGGAUAUGAUCAUCCUAUGGGAGGCCUCACAAUUCCCUGCAGAGACAAAGUGUUUACUGAUCUCACUUCCUGUUUAGCAGAGAAUUGAAAUUGAUGCACAGCCCAUUGCUUGCUCGAAAUUGAGGAAUUGCAAGAUCUAAUUGACUACUGUGGCCAGCAAAAUGAAAAAUCACUUAAGAAGAUGCAGAUAUGCAGAACAGAACAUUGGCCAUUUGAAUUGAACAGGUUGAAGUAAAGCUUCCAAAUUCAAAAUUGUCUUUGGGCUUUUGAAACCAUCCAAGUCUCUGCAAUCUGAUGUCAUAUUUGAGAGAGCACAAAGAUAAUCACAUGGCGCAUCUGAACAAUCCGAAGCAUCAAAUCAGAUACAUUUCAAUGUGAACAAAUUAGAAUUGAUCCAUAAUAUCUUGUAAACAUUGAUCUGAAUGAAACUGAAAGUUGAAACUUGUUGUUAUUGACAAAAAGAUUUUCUUUCUCCUCAUUUUUGUUACCCUUUUUCUUUUCUAUUGUUAAUCAAA